AUUUUAAAUGUUAGUGGAAUUGGUGUUUUUAUUUCGCCUCCAUAAAUAGCUUAUAAAUCGUCAAAAAAAGUUGAUUUUAUGUACAAAAUUUUUAUUUCGAAAAUCGAUUAAUGAUAAAUAAUCGCGUUGCAGUUACACAAACUUUCGCGAGGCUACAUAAUUUUUUCUCCGCAAUCCUCCAUCCAUUACGUUUAAUCACCUCGAGAAUCAUCGUAAAUUACGUUGCCCAUUCCUCUUCGGCGAAUGUACAUUUCGAGCAAUUUAUAUACCAAUUUUUUUCACACCUUCAUCAAAAGUGACAUCCCUCUGGACCGAAGGGCCGCGCUCGCAGAUGCCUCGUCGAGACGCCCAGCGACGCCCGCGACGCUUGCGUCAGUUUAUCACGGCUUUGCGAGAGUGUGCUGAGCGUCGACUUGUAGAUAUUCCACAAAUUCUACAUGCACGUCGGACGUCCGUUAAGCCGGUGAAGCGAAUUCCGAUAGCGGAAAAGCGCGUUGAACAUUUUGCAGAGUUUCAAAAUAAUAUAUCUACUAUUUUCGCAUUGGUUUUAUUUUAAUGACUGGGAGUACUAGUUAGUGUUUUUUUUUAUUUUAAUGGGUGUCAAAUGGUGCCGAAAUAAAUCCAUUCGAAGCCGAGCAAAUGCCGACGACUCGCAAAGGCAUCAGAAACCUUCCGAAUAUUAAACCAAAUCGUCAAAACCGAAAUCAACCCUAAUGUGAUUGAAUAAGAAAUCUUCUAAUCUCGCAAAACAUAAUGUCUAUAAAAGACGCACCGAUCCCUUUCAGGGCCGCUCCAUCAGUUCCUAUAGACCUCAAUGGGAGUUCAUUCGCUAAUGCGUCUAUUUCCGCUCCGCUAGAAUUAGCUCUAACCAUUUUAAAACCCAUAACGACCAUCGAAUCCGACGAUUUGUGGCAUCCCAUAGUGUUUGACGAAAAUUCCAGCCGAUACUUUGAAAAUUUGGAAAACGUUCUGGCUUACGGGAUAGCCAACGUUAGUGAUAAUGCGUCCAUCAAAAGCAACGGGACAAUAGAAGCCACCAAUGACACUAUGAAGUUGGUAUCCAUGAUAGCGACGGCGAUUUUACUGGGAUUCAUUAUCUUAGCGACUAUUAUAGGUAACGUGUUCGUGAUAGCGGCGAUACUUCUAGAAAGGAAUCUCCAGAACGUCGCAAACUAUUUGAUCCUUUCUCUGGCCGUUGCGGACCUCCUGGUCGCCUGUCUGGUGAUGCCUCUGGGGGCGGUUUACGAAGUGAGCCAGGAAUGGAGAUUGGGGCCGGAAUUGUGCGAUAUGUGGACGUCCAGCGACGUCCUGUGUUGUACGGCGUCGAUCUUACACCUGGUCGCCAUCGCUCUGGACAGGUACUGGGCUGUAACUAACAUCGACUACAUACACCAAAGGACCUCGAAACGCAUCGGCAUCAUGAUCUUCAUCAUCUGGUUGGUGUCGUUUUUCGUCUGCAUCGCUCCCCUUUUGGGCUGGAAGGACCCGAAUUGGGAGGUGAGGGUCAAGGAUAAGAAAUGCCUUGUGAGUCAAGAUAUUUAUUACCAAAUAUUCGCGACGGCUUCGUCGUUCUAUUUGCCAUUGCUGGUCAUUCUCGUCUUGUAUUGGAGGAUAUUCCAAACGGCUAGGAAGCGAAUAAGGCGGCGGCAGGUGCUGAGCAAAGUCAGCGAGGAAGGCGGGAAAAAUCCAGCUGCAGGAGGAAUUGCUGGUGGACUGGCUGCUGCAAGUGGCACAGGCGGUAUAGCAGCAGCCGUAGUGACUGUAAUAGGUCGACCAUUGCCGACGAUAUCGGAGACAACAACGGCUUUCACCAACAUAUCCUCGAACAACAGCAGCCCGGAGAAGACCUCGUUCGCGAACGGCCUGGAGGCCGAUCUGCCCACCACGACCGAAUGCAGCGUCAGCUACCAACCGCACCACUACCCCAUCAAGAGGAAAACCAAGGACGGCAUGGACUCCAAGCGGGAGAGGAAGGCGGCCAAAACGUUGGCCAUCAUCACGGGCGCGUUCGUCCUCUGCUGGUUACCCUUCUUCAUCAUGGCGGUGCUGCUGCCGAUCAAUCCCAAUCUCUUCGAUAAAUACUUGGUGUCCAUUUGCCUGUGGCUGGGCUACUUCAACUCCACGCUCAACCCCAUCAUCUACACCAUAUUCAGUCCGGAAUUCAGGCACGCCUUCAAGAAGAUCCUCUGCGGCCGGAACUACGCCAGAAGGAACCGCCAUUUCGGCGCCAGGAACUUUCAAUGAUGGAGGCAAAGUGGUCGCCUGCCUUCGGAUACCGACCCACCUGUAGCUGCGCGGU